AGUAAAAAUCUAGGUAUUGGGCUGGGGACGAGCUGGUUAACAUUAACGCAUUCGCGACAUACCCGGUUUUCUGUUCGGCUUUGGACGACUCCGUCUAUUUCGCAUAAUAUACACCGGAUCCGGAUUUCGUCAUCCUGGUUUUAAGUACUUCGGCCAAAGCAGGAAGUUACCUAAGAUAUAGGUAUUAUAUCGUACAACACGCAGCUUCUCCGCCGCUCGGUUCUCCGUCGAGGUCUAGAAUUCAGACAUAUUUUCUUUACCACCUAUUCAGUGAUUCGGGCCAGCCCGUACAGUCUUCCGUAUGGCGAACGAAACUUUGCGUGGCGGGUGUCCCGUGCCCUUUUUUAACGAGGACUUAUUCCCUACGGUGGGAGGACACAUCGAGGGCCGGUUGUGUUCGCCCCUGGGGCGUAUAAACUGUUGUGUGCCAUGUCCUAUGACGGACUGGGCUUACCCAGAUAAUUUUAACACGGCAACGACGGCGGCAAACUGGGUUAAUGUUGUCGGCAUGGUCUGCUGCGGGUUCUUAUUAAUAUCCUGGAUCGUGCUUCCCGUCGAGAAGACGCAUCGCCAUUAUUUGAGCAUCAGUCUCGCGUGUGCCGUUGUUUUAAUGAACUUGGGCUUCAUCAUUCCACUAGCAGCUAAGCCAAACCAAUGUUACAACGAGAUUACGCCUCAUGGGAUGGACACGAGCUCCGUAUGCGCUGCCUCGGGCGCUUUCUUACUUAUUGGAGGCUGGGCUGGUGUCAUGUGGGUUUUCUUGAGGGCUCUUUCUCUACAUCUCCAAAUAUGCUGGCAAUUGGUGGUGGGACGAAACUACAUGUGGUUUUCUCAAGUUCUCGGCUGGGGUAUACCCGUUAUUGGUCUCAUCAUUCUACUCGUCUUCAGCGGAGUUUCUUUCCGAUUCGGCGCAACAUGCCAUAUCAACCACGAGAACAGUUUGGCCGAUUUCUGGAUUCCACUUCUUGUCUUCGCAGGCCUGACUGUUAUCAUACAAUUCGCCACUUUUGGAUAUUGUAUCAAAGUUUACCUCGCCUCUCUGACUGACAACAGCACAACCACUGAGGGCUCUGGGAUGCCUUCAUAUUCUAACAGUAUCCGCACUAUGACUCCCCGUCAAGCCUACCGGCGAAUUCGACGCGUCGUCCAACUCCAAUGGCGUGGCAUUGUCAUUGUAUUGAUAAUUAUCGCGGAUGUUAUCUUCUUUGCUGUCAUCUUCGUCUUUCUAGACAAUACUGUGGAAUCGGUUAGGACUGACCCGGCAAAGGCACUUCCAUGGGCAGCUUGCCUCAUCGCUGCUAGCGGUGAUAAGAAUAAGUGUUUGGACAAGGCUAAAGGGUUGGUUGUUAAUCUGCCGACUGUCACGGCGGUUCUAGUACUAUUGGCUAUGAACGGCCUUUGGUUGCUCUUGCUACUCGGCCGCUGGUCUAUGGUCACCGGCUGGGUCGAUUUCUUCGCAGCUCUGAGUGGUCGCACCACCAAGAAAGAAUUCGUGUCUGUAGACGCUCGAAUGGAUAUUAAGCAGGACCCUCGAUCUUAUGAAAUGUUGUCUCGCGAUUCCGGAAAGGUAGACACGGUGCUGACCCCAAUUAGCGCGACAAUGUCGCCCUCUGCUCAAGGCGGGCGCAAAACCCCUGAUUACUUCGGACAAACGGUCCGAUACCAACCGCACCAGCGGUCCUUUUCUUCGCCCAGACCCCCACAGCAACUCCGCUGGGAUACGAAUGAGGGACAAGAAAAUGCCUAUCCCUUGCCGCCGAUGCCGCCAUCACGUACAUACGAUUACGAUAAUAUGAACCCGUUAGGAAUGAACAGGAUAGAAAAGGAAGAGGAGGAUGAAAUACAAUACUCGGCCCCGAGGUCGCAAUAUACCCAACCACACGCUCCCGAUUAUAGUCGCGACCACGUUUUCAUUUGAAUAAUUAUUCGAUCUGUUACCACAGGCUAUGCGCCCGAUCUUACAAAGCAUGUACACCAUGUACAAAAUAUUUUUUCUUCAUGUUACUAUAUUUGGGGCGAAUUGGUACCCUACACAGAUGUUAUUUAUCAGGCUUCAAGCGCGGCGUCCCGGGAUUUUGUAUCGAU